AAGUAUAUACAAAGCAAUGGCAUUUUGCCUAAAAGUUAAAUAAUCUUUAUUAUUUGCAUGUCAACUGUAUAAACUAUCAAAUACAUUUAAAUUGACUUUCAUAUUAUAAAUUUAGCAACUGCAAAUAUGAUCCGUAGAUUUUACAAUACUUCUUGUGUUUUAUACAGUACUAAAAAGCAAGGGAUGAAAUUAUGUAAAAUGUUAAAUCCGAAAGGUAAACGGCAAUGGUAUCCUUCGCAGUCAAUAGAUAUGAAUAUGCUACCUAGUCUUAAAAGUCUUACAAAAACAACAAAAGAACCCGAUAAUCGAGGUGUUCGCAGAAUGGCUGUGUUGAACAAGCUAUUUAUGAAGCAUAUCACUGAUAUUAUGUCUACUGGUACAGUUUCUAUGGAUAUUGUGGGUCGCGGAAUUGAAAUAUCAAAGGUGCAAGUGACACCAGAUUUCAACACAGUCAAUGUGUUCUGGGUGUGUAAAAGCAACUCAACUGAUGUGGAGACAGAAAGGGUUCUAAAGAACACAGCUGGUCCUCUCCGACAUGAAUUAUCUACAUUACGACUUAUGGGAGAAAUACCAUAUAUUUGUUUUGUUAAGGAUAAGCAAGAAGCACGAAUUGUAGACCUGGAUCGGCGCCUAGCUCAAGCUGAUUAUGGCGACGAUUACACUCCCACGGAUGUCGGACAAAUCCUUAAGUCGGAAUUUACAUUAGAUAUAAAACUACCUCCUGAUGUGAAGGCGGCUAUUAAAAAAAUGGAAGAUGAACAGGAAAUUGUCGAUGAUCCCAUACCAGAUAUGACGAAUAGUAUUUACGGGCUUGAUCACACGAAAAUAAUGAACAGACUCCUAGCAGCUAGAAAAAGGACAUCGGACGCGUGGGCCAACUUAGACUCAGACUCGCCUGUGAUAUCCUACAGGAAAUCAGAAGAGACAUCUUCUAAUGUAGAUCUCAAGAAACAGAAGCAAGAUUUAGCCGAAUUUCUGCUUAAACGACAGAUUCUACAAAACAAACUUCACAAAAAAUCAAAGGAACGGGACGUGACGACCCCGAUAUACGACCAAUACGACGUCGAGGAACGACCCGAAGAUAUCAAAGAGUUCUGCGACGACUAUAGAGACGAUUACGAUAUCGAAGUGUAUGGAAAUACGAAUAGCUUACAGAGAAAUGUAGCGGAUGAAAAAGUAUAGACACCACACGAUAAGUCGUCGAGUGUAAAUUUUAGUGAAUAUGAAAUUUUCGAUAGUUAUGUAAAUAUAAUUUUAGAAUAAUAAAAUAUGGAAAUA